CCUUCAAACUUUAUUGGCUUAUGACAGAUUCACAUCAUUCUCCUUUAUUAUCAAAUUAUAAUACAUUGACUGGUACUAAUACUUUCCAAGCCAGCGGUCAUGCAUCCGAUCAUCCUUCAACAUUACCUUAUUCUGAAGGUUAUUCUAUGCAAACUCCUUCUUCAAUGAUGACCAGUCAAACUAUGUAUCGAACUACACCACAACAACAAGCUGCUAUGGCUGCUGUACAACAUCAUCAUCAACAUUUAGAUCAUCCUACUACAGGAGCAGAUGAACCAUUAUAUGUAAAUGCAAAACAAUAUCAUCGUAUUUUGAAACGAAGAGCUGCAAGGUCUCGAUUAGAAGAAAUGCAUCGAGUAGCUAAAGCAAGGAAACCCUAUUUACAUGAAAGUCGUCAUCGUCAUGCCAUGCGUCGACCUAGAGGCCCCGGCGGUCGAUUUUUAACUGCUCAAGAAAUUGCAGAAUUGGAAAGUCAAGGAAAAUUACCAGAACAUGAAGAAUCAAGUGAUGAUAAUCCAUCAGGCUCUCGUCAAGAAGAAAAAACAGAACGACCACCCAGUCCACCAAAACCAGCUCAACAACAUCAUCAUCUUGCUCCUUCUUCCCUUUCUUCCACCACUUCUGCCGAUUGGACUUCUCCUUUUGUUCAACAACCUUAUACACAACCUAAAUAAUAAACCAUGAACACACACAUACAUACAUAUUUAUUACA